AUGGCCGCUGGCCCCUGGCCCGGCCCUGUUGACGAAGAAGUGCCUGCGUUGCAGGCUUCAGGCAACAUGGACUCCCUUGUGUUGAGCCACGAGGAAAAUGGUAGCCUGCUGAGCGGUGAGAAGAAACGCUCAGCCGACAAGAAAACACACAAGCGCAGGUCCAAGGUCACCGUGCUGAAGGGUUUGCAAACGGGCGAGGAUUCCAUUCGGGUUGCUGCGAAGCAGGCGCUGCAGCAGUUUGGUGACACCUUGGAUGAGCCUGUGUCGGUGGUGAAUCUUGGUAACGUCAUUAAUCAGAUUGAUUUGUGGAGGAAAUACUUGCCGAAUGUUCGGCCGCACUAUGCCGUGAAGUGCUGCCCAGAUAAGCAGAUCAUCAAGCAGCUUCUCGAGGGAGGCUGCGGCUUCGAUUGCGCUACCAUGCAGGAAAUCAAUACUGUCUUGGCACUGGGUGUUAGUCCUCAAGAUAUUGUGUACUCGCAUCCGUGCAAACCGCGGUCGCACAUUGCUUUUGCAAAGUCACAAGGCAUUAGCCUCAUGUCAUUUGACAAUGACGUGGAGUUGCGCAAGGUUGCAGCUGUGUAUCCAGAGGCACAGCUUUUGCUGAGGGUCGUUUGCGAGGACUCCACAGCUCAAUGCCCAAUGUCUUUGAAAUUUGGCGCCAAGAGCAGCACCUGGCGGGAGCUGCUGCGCAUGAUCCAGGAGCUCAAGCUCAACCUCGCUGGUGUGUCUUUUCACGUCGGCUCAGGUUGCAAAGAUCCUGAAAGCUUCGAGCCAGCCCUGAGGGACGCCAAAGAGGUUUUCAGCCUCGCAAAAGAACAGGGCAUGCAGGCCUUGCGAGUGCUUGACAUUGGUGGUGGCUAUCCAGGUGACCGUGCAGGGUUCGAAACGAUAGCACCUGUCAUUGCGGAGAAGUUGGCACGCUUGUUUCCGCAAACCGAGUAUCCCGAGCUCAACAUUAUCUCUGAACCUGGCCGCUUUUUCGCUGCCCAAACAGCACAUCUCUUGACGAAAGCAUAUGCCAAAGCGAAGCUUCCAGCUACUGAUGGCACCUCUGAGCAAGUUUGUCGCUAUUACUUGAAUGAUGGGCUCUAUGGCUCUUUCAACUGCAUCAUCUAUGACCACGUCGCUGUCCAUCCAGAACCCUUAAGUUCGGAAGGUUUGGAGCGGCCAGAGGUGCCCUGCGCCCUUUUUGGACCAACUUGUGAUGGCUUUGAUGUGAUUUUGGAGAAGCAUAUGAUGCCCGAAUUGGAAGAAGGUGAGUGGAUCCUUUGGCGCAACAUGGGUGCCUACACCUCGGCCGCGGGUUGCAACUUCAACGGUUUCGCGCUGCCGAAGGCAUGGUACUACCGCGUAUCUGCCUAUGACCAGCAGCAGAGCCAAGAGACAGGCAGCCCGUUUGCAAACAUCCAAAUCAGAGCCGGCGAGGUUUGCACAUUGGAAACCCUUGGUAUUUGGAAGGAUUCGAAACCUCUGAGGUGUGGCAAGUACGAUUUUUGUAGCGCAAGAGCACAAGCCAUGCUGGUGUGGCAGGCUACGAGUGAUAGCCAGGCUAAGGCAGCGUGGAAGCUCCUCGGAGCGGAGGCACACCUGGCAGCUGGUGAAGCGGAAAAGGCUGUGCCACUUGCCUCGGAGGCCUUGGUGCUCUUUAAGAAGCUGGCAAAACAUCAGGGAGAGGUGGAUGCCACCCUUGCUUUGGUGAACGGCUUGAUGAGCAAGGAUCCCGGAGCCGCCGUAGAUGUGGCGGCUGCCGCUGCAGGGGCCUGCCAUGAUGCUGGAGAUGCCGAAGGGGAGGCCGCUAUGCUCCUGUGCAAAGCCAAGGCAUCCUUAGCUUCGAUGCAGGACCCUUAUGCGGCUGCAGAAACUGCCAUAGCAUCUUGCUUGCUGUAUCGACAGGCUGGCAACACUAGCGGUGAUGCUGCCGCGUUGGAGAUUACUGCUCGAGCUCAUCUCCUCUAUGAUCCAGAGCAGUCCCUAAAGGCAGCCAAAGAAGCCCUGGCAGUGUGCAGUUCAGGAGAUGUUACAGCCUUGCCGGCAAUUGAACGCACGCUGGCAGCAGCCAAAGUGCAAGUGGCGACCGCCCAAAAAGCUGAGCAGGCAAAGUAUUUGAGCUGCAGAGGGCAGAGCGGCGCAGCUUACAAGUGGCCAAAACACCCGCAGCUUCGAGGGCCACCAGUGCAGGACGUCUUUGCACUACAGCAGGACAGGGACGGCGAUGGCAAGCUCACCCGUAAGGAGUUCCUGCAAGCCCUACGCUGUGCUGGUGCAUGUCCCACGGCCAUGGACUUUGAGGAGGUUUGCCGAGAGCACGGUGCUACCCCAGAAUAUCCAGCCUACCGUGCAGCCUUGGAGGUGCUGCUAACCCGGCGUCCCACGGCCGAAGUGCUGGCUGAGAAACUGGGAGGAUUGGCUCAAGAUGGACUUGUUGAUGCAGAAGCACUACGUUUCAUUGCUACAAACUUUGGAGAGAAGCUCAAUGAAGAUGAGCUGGCUGAGCUGAUGCGCUUAGCUGAUCCUGAUCAAGAUGGCAAUGUAUCAGUGAACAAGCUUGCACAGAACUUGUUGCCUGACCACCUCACGGGAGUGGGAAGUUCUGGAGGUGCAAAGUGA